AUUUCCCAGCGCAAAAGUCAACAUAACACAGCAAACGUACAACAAUUAUUAACCUUUUUUUUUCUUUUUCUCUGCCUUAUGAGGCUGGAGAGUCAGUCGGAGUUGGAGAGGCGAACCGGGAGCAGGACAUGACUCUGGAGCGCAUGGUGCCCUGCUCGGCCCUGGGGCUGCCCGGACCCCCGCUCCUCUACGUGUACGGGGGCUACGGCGGGGGGCUGCUGCCCGCCAGCCUGGGCCUGCUGCCGGGCCGCCAGGAGCCCCCCCAGAAACCCCCCUACAGCUACAUAGCCCUCAUCGCCAUGGCCAUCAAGAGCGCGCCGGCGCAGCGCGCCACGCUCAGCUCCAUCUACCAGUUCAUCAUGGACCGCUUCCCCUUCUACCACGACAACAAGCAGGGCUGGCAAAACUCCAUCAGGCACAACCUCUCCCUCAACGACUGCUUCAUCAAGCUGCCCCGGGAGAAGGGCCGGCCGGGCAAGGGCAGCUACUGGACGCUGGACACCAAGUGUCUGGAUAUGUUUGAGAACGGAAACUACCGCCGGAGGAAGAGGAAGAGCAAGAACCAGCCGGAGGGAAUGGACUGUAGAGCUGUGGGAUGUAAGCGCAGUAAGGGGAUGAUGGUGCCAUCAUCAUCCAGGGACCUGCAGGACUCUCUGGCGCAGCAAAGCAGCUCCGAGGCAGGGGGGAAGGAAACGCAACCGGACGCAAAGGCGGUUCUUGUGGAGCUCAACCAGCACCAGAACCCCCUGAUACAGAGACACAAAGACUCUCAGAACCAGGAGGUGCCGGCAUGGAGGAAGUCGGACCCUCAACCCGAGCCGGGUCUCCCCCCGGGUCCGUGGAUGGACGGCCGUGCGCCCUGCGGGGACGCAGAGCGGGCUCCGCCGUGCGCCCUCGGCUGCGCGGGCAGCACCAGCCUGGGGCCGGAGCAGGACCGUUUGCCCAAGGGAAACGCUCCCAGAACGGACAGGUCCAAAGGGUUUACCAUCGAGAGCAUCUUAUCGAAAAGCGAGGACGAGCCGCGCAGCAGCAGCGGAUUCAUCGCGGACGCGCCGGAGGAGAGUCUCCCAGCAUCCUUCAGCCCGUCCCUGGUCCUCGGGGCUCGGCAGCAUCACCUGUACCAGCUGGGAUUCCCCUUCCGCUCCUACCUGUCGCUCACCUGCCCGGACAAAGUGCUGCAUUUUAAAUGAACACCUUGAAGAUGAUUGUUUUCACACAGAGACGCGCGCAACGGUCAGAUUAUCACAGUUUGGAGGUUUCCCGUUGCUCCAAACUGUGAGAAUCUGACCGUUACGCGCAUGCGUAAAGAUGAACUCUACAUAUGCGCACAAAACCUGUUGCUCCAAACUGUGAGAAUCUGACCGUUGCGCGCAUGCGUAAAGAAUAACUCUCCAGAGUACAUGGCUUUGCAAAAUUAUGCUCAAAAUAACAAUAAAGCAGAAAGUAUCCAGUAAUGCUUGUAGUUUCCACGCAAAUGUUUAGGAAAAGUCAAAUAUAUAGGCUCUCCUAAUACACGAUUUCUUGAUUCAUUCAGGAUGAUUUAACACAUUUUUGUAAUUUAACUCAGAAUGCUGGGUGUCAUGUCAGUCUGUCUGGGCAUGGGGUUAUUUUACAAUAAGGAAGUUUUGUACUAAGUAAUAUAACCUGAACAUGCUGCAUGGUCGACUCUGCUUUGGAUUUGAAUUCAUCCAUAUUGUUACAAAAUAAAGUGGAGCUUGGUAACUUAGGUUUUAUGUAUGAUUUAUUGAGUCAAAGCCAUAGAUCGAAAAAAAAAUAAAUAAAAGCAGAC